GGUUCGAAUAUAACGGCAUUAGUCAGUUUUAUUAAAUGGCGUCAGCAUUCGAAAGCGCGAUAUGGAUAAAGUGAUUCACGAAAAGUAUAUUCCGCAGCAAUUGUUGUAUUUUAUUGCUGGUCGCCGAUGUUGCCAACAAUUAUCGUGCUCAUUUCGCACAUUGGACAACAAAGUAAUUAUGCAAUGGGCCCAAUCGUUAGGCCUGCGAUCGCAGUACGUUAUAUCCGGCGGGCAGAAAUGCGUGAAGGUCUGUAAGCUGUCUUGCCGCCAUUUUUUGGAGGAACCAAAAAAGCUGACCAUUUCGCCAUCAACAAUGAUGGAAAUGGACUCUCUCACCGUUUAUAUAGGCACCAAUUCCAGGGACGAACGCCAGAUACCAGCAGACAUAGUUGGUGAACAUUCGUUGCUAACGGCGUCGACUCUUCAACUUCCAAUGGGUGUGUUGAGUCCACCAGCACCACGAAAGAAAUCGGACAAAUACCGUAACUUUUUCGGAGACGUUUCUACUUUUUCGUGCCACAUGAACAUAUUAACAGCCAUUUACAUGCAUCGCGUUGUUGUUUUUAAAGGCGAUCUUCAAAUGGAUAAAUCGUUACUUUUACCAAUAAUCAUAUUGGACGACUCCGAGUUUAAAAAGUCAAACUUAAAAAUGAUCUGCAUCGAAAAGGAAACUAUUGUUGCCAUGAAUAACAGUGAGCGAUUUGCUAAUUAUUUGGAUGAAAGCAUAGGCGAGACUAUUGGCCUAGAAGUCUCGCAGCUUAGCGUGAGCAGUUCAUCGACACAUAUUCUGUUUACGACUGCAAAAUGCUUUCUCAGCUCUGUACUUAAUAAGAACAAAAAUCUGAAUAAUAUCAGCCACUUUGUGGUCAGCGAUGUACAUCUGCACGACGCGUAUACGGAUAUACUUUUGAGCGAAUUAAAAAAGGCACUGGCUGUCAAUCAGAAUCUACGCAUCAUAUUACACUCGCAACGUUGUGAUUCAAAAAUAUUUCUUGAUUUCUUUGGCGAAGGCACGGAGGUUUCUGCAGAAUCGCCAAUUGAGCAGACUGGCUCCAAAAUCUUUUAUUUGGAAGACAUAAAUAGCUCGAUUGCUGGAGCUGAACUGUACAAAGGACCGCAAAUUUACAAGGAUAGACCGCAAAUCUUUCGAGCAACAAAUGUUCAAAAUGAAAAUCUUGAUAAAUUCCUGGAAGUAUACGAGGCAAUCGGCACGGACACGGCUAUUGGUCCAUUUCUUUACUCGGUCAACUACGAAUUGUCUCCAGUAAACUAUCAACAUUCUAUGACUGGCAAAUCAGCACUAAUUAUUGCGGCUCAAUUGAACAAUGUGAAGCAUCUGCGGCUGCUGCUUUUCAUGGGUGCCAACCCAUAUAUAGUCGACAAUCACCAGGAUAAUGCCAUAUCAACGGCUUCUGCCAGAGGGAACGAUGACUGUGUUGAAGUCCUCAAAAAUUAUGGUCUUCAUGGCUUCGUAUUAAAAAAUUUGAAAGCAGAAUUUGUGGACUUCGACUGUAUUAUUGAUAUCAUGUAUCUCUUAUAUGCAAAGUCCGAUUAUCCCAAAGGCAACAUCUUGAUAAUUUUGCCAUCAUUCUUGCACUUGGUUAAACUAAACUAUAUGCUCUUGAGUCACUUUUUAAAUGGCUAUCUGCAUGCCUCUCCCAUUUUUCUGUUGCACGAGAAUAUGAAAAGAGAGGAUUUGGAUGCAUUGCUUAAAGCGCCAGCGGAUACUCUAAAGAUUAUUUUGGCCACGACCGUCAUAGAGUCCUUGGUAGUACCAGUGUCAUUUAAAUAUUUAAUUGACACUGUGUGCGAGAAGAGAUCGUGGAGCAGAGGAGCCAGCGGCGAAACUGAGGAUAAAAUUGAUUGGCUUCAAAAAGACGGACUCUUUCGUCGAUUUUUACUGCUUCACCCUGAUGCUUCUGCUGCAGUGCAGUGCUUUCGUUUAAUGACCAAGGAGACUUACGAGCAGCUAGAGGAGAUCGGCAAACCGACGCUGCAAACCAUGCCGUUGGACAAAAUCUGUUUGAUUGUCAAGUUAUUGUCGCCGCAUUCGAUCAUUAGUGAAUAUCUGGCAUACACAAUUUCACCGCCUCCUCUGAUACAUGUGCAUCAGGCUGUGCAGUUUCUGAAGAAGAUUGAUGUCCUGGAUGACUUUGAGGAUGUGACCUGGUUGGGCUUCCGACUAGUUGACAUUCCCGUGCCAUGUCAACUCGGACGUGCUUUGGUUUUUGGCAUCCUGCUGCAAUGCCUGGAUCCAGUUUUGACCAUCGUCAGUUCUUUUAUUUCCGACGACCCAUUGUCGUUGCCGUUCAAUGAGGAUAUCGAUGCUUUGUGGGAUAAGUUCGCCAUAUUUAUGCAGAAUAGCGUUAAGCAAGAGCGUCAUCGCUUGGCUGCAGAUCAGUUAUCCGAUCACUUUGUGUUUCUGCAUAUUUAUCAAGAGUGGCAAGAUCGCUUCCAAAACAAUCUGACUCCCCUUUGUCUCUCUACUGAAUAUGAGUUUAUGCUUAAUGGUCUAAUGGAACAGUUGACCUUCACACGUUCGAAAAUACUGAGUGCACUACGUGCAGCCAACCUCGUGCACUGCCAAGGUGCCUUGAGCAUUCAGCAUGUGAAUAGCAAGUCUGACAAUUGGCCCUUGGCUAAGGCAGCUUUAACAGGCGGCCUGUAUCCAAGCAUUUGUGCCAUCGAUCGCAACGGUGGAAGUAAUUGGCUCAAGUCGGCGUACUCAACCGAAACUAAUCUGCACCCCAACACGGUGAUCCGUCAGUUUAUGAAGCCGUGCAGCAGUUAUACGGAGCAUAUUUUCGAGGAAGUGGACUGGCUUGUCUGUCGCAAGCAAAGGGAUAAUAUCAAAUAUGCAUCGGUAGCUGUUCCUUUAGCUGUGGCUUUAUUUGCAGGUUCACCCAAGUUGGACAUGGAUCAAACAGUCGAGAUUGAGCCAUCUGAUCCAUCGUCAAAUGAUUCCAAAGUACAUUUCUACAUAGACGAAUGGAUUUGGAUGCAGACAUCAAAGCCCAACAUAGAUCUAGUGAUGAAAACACGUCAACAUUUUUUCAGAAGCUAUCAAUAUCUUCUGCGAUACUGCUGCGAUUCACAAAAAUGGCGCAUCGACUCCAAAAUGGCAGAGAACCAUCGUUUUCUUGUCGAUGCGUUGGCUACCAUGUUCUAUCAUGAGGAUGUCACUGCUGGCUUUAAACCACCACCACCAAUUGGCGUGAAGCCGUGCGUUAAAGUACAGAAAUGGUUUUUGCUAAAUAUAAACUCGUACUUUUCUGGUCAACAAGGCAUUCUCGAUCAGCAUUUUACAUCGAACGAAAAUCAAAUCAUUGAAAGACAAUUCUUUUUGUUGUAUACGAAAGAAACUGUUGAUGAUUUCUAUCAAAAGAGCGAUGCAGCAUAUAUAGAGAAUGUAAUUGGAAAGUUUGUUCGCCCUCUUGUGACUCCGACUCGGCAAAUAUUUGUGAUUUUAUACACUACAGAUCCAAAUCGUGUGCUUAGCAUAAGUCGAGUGGAGUUCCAUAAGGGCACAAUCAACUUUCGAGAAUACUUUCGGAACGUGAUUCCAGUGAGUGAAAUUAUUUAUGGGAGUGCUUCAUUCAAUGUGAAUCCAGCAAACUUCAGUGGUCGUAUAAUAACUUCACUCAUCGACAAACGCGUUGGACACUUAAUAAUGGAUCUUUUUGCCUUCCGCAAUUAUUGGAUACACAACGAAUAAGAGUAUCAAUAAUGGAUAUUUUGGCUUCCGCAACUAGUAGAGACACAAUAAUAGAUAUUUUUUCCUUCCGCAGUUGACAAAGUGCCUUUCAUUACAUAUAUGUAUUAAACUAAACUAUUAAGAAGCAUUUCUUCUGAAUUCAUAAUGAGACACAUUGACAGAUCUUCAUUUCUUCCGCAGUUAUUGGAUACAUAACGAAUAAGAAAGUAUAUCAUUUCAUUUUAUAAUUUUUUUAACUUUGAAAAAGUGCCUUUCAUUAUGUACAUUGAACAACAACAA